UGAAUUCUUCCUACUUGAUUAGACGUACGUUCCUUUGCGUACAAUAUCACAAAAUACACCUGUCAAGUGCUCUCCAAUCGGAGUCAUGUGAACGAGUUAAUGGAGGAGUUAACGACAAGUCGGUAGCAGAGAGGUUGGUAGUUGAUUUGUGUCAUCUUGUGAGGCUUGGAUUUCUCAUACAGAUAAAACUUUGACUUGCACAAUCCUUUUGCCCGUCUAUUCUGCUGACCACUUAUGCCGACAGAAGAAAAAUUGCCCUUUUCUCUGUCCUUGCCCUACCCAUUUUCUGUCUUGCCUCCAUUAAAGGAUUUGGGAGCUCCUUAUAUAUGCUCCUGUUGAGUUUCAGUGCCUUUCUAUCUUGACCUUGGGCCUUCAUUCUUUGCAUGAUCUUGGGCUUUCUUUCUUUCAUUCAUUCUCUACAUAUUGGGCUUUCUUUCUUUCAAUCAUUCACUCUCUACAUAUUGGGUUUUCUUUCAUUGCAUGAUCUUGGGCUUUCUUUCUUUCUUUCUUUGGCAUGGCCUUUGAUUGGGAAAAGAAUAAGUUAGUGUGCCUCUCUCUCUACUGAUCUUGGGCUUGCUUUCAUUCAUUCAUUCAUUCUCUGCAUAUUGGGUUUUCCUUCUUUGCAUGAUCUUGGGGUUUUUUUUCUCUGUCUGCCAUGGCCCAUGAUUGGGAAAAGAUGAAGAAGUCGAAUAGUGAUCAGGUGGUUGAUAACGUGGACGCCAUGAAUGAAAUCUUCAAGCAUUUGGACGCCCAUAGUCUGGCUGUGGCGUCUUGUGUGAGUAGACGGUGGUAUGUUGCAGCCAUGGAUGACAAUUUGUGGGAAGUGAUCUGCACAAGACAUUGGCCUGCUUCGGGGAUUUGUAUAGGUCGCCUCAAAUGUGUGGUGAAUGUCAUGGGUGGCUUCAGGCGUUUGUAUGUAAAGUGGUUGCAUCCUCUCUGCACACAUUCUGCUGCUUCGAAUUCCAAUACCAACAGUAAAGAUUUGGACAACAAUGUCGUCUGGACUGCAGACCAAGUUCAUCUUUCUCUGUCUCUGCUCUCUGUUGAGUACUUCGAGAAACUCGGCCCUUUUGCAACUGCCUCCUGUCAUGGCAACUCCUGUACUAUUUCCCGACCACAGCUGUUGCACAAGGAGCAGGAGAAGGCAGAGGAUGGCCAUUACGGAAAAACUUUUUAUAAAGAAGAUCAGAGACAUCCAAAUUGGAUGGCACAUUUCAGCUAACAAUAAAAAGGUGAGACAGAAAUGACAGACGACACAGUUUCCAUUCUUUAAAAAAAAUAAAGUGAUCAGCUUACAAAAAGGUUCUAAAAAACUCUCAUAGCAAUUCCCACUGUGCUUACAUAGUCUGUACAUUCUGCUUUCUGCUUUGAUCUGAACAGAAUAAUGGGCUCUUCAAUAACAGUAAGAUAGUUUUUUUUUUCAAACUAGAAACUUAUAUUUUUAUUACAGUCAUCUCAGCACAACCAACUUGUCUGAGGAAAACAAAUAUAGGUUGAAGACACAGAAUACGUUUCACGUACAAUAUGUAUAAAUGCUACCAUUAUUUUAACCAGCAGAAUCUGAAAUUCAUACUGUACUGCAUCCUAACUGCUUCAUGCAAGCAUGGCAGCAGUUUAUAUGUACUAUUCUAUUCUAUUAUAUAUAUAUCAUUA